AUGUCUGCCUCCCUUUUUAGCUUGGGCUCCCGCGUCUUCAGCGUCACCGGCGGCGCUUCCGGCAUGGGAGCCGCGACCGUUCGCCUUCUCGCCCAGCACGGAGCUGGCGCCAUCUGGAUCGCAGACUGGAAUGACGGAAACUUUGGCCAGAUCAAGGAGGAGGUUGAGCGCAUCAACCCUCUCACCAAGGUCCACACUCACAAGGUCGACGUGUCGGACCCAAAGCAGGUGGACGAUUGGGUAGCCAGCAUCAUCGCAGAGUCCGGAGUCCUGCAUGGCGCUGCCAACGUCGCGGGUCUGUCACAGCCAGCCUUCACUGAGAAGCAGCCGGCCAUUCUUGCAGAGACGAACGAGGAUUGGGCUCGGGUUCUUGGUGUCAACCUCCAGGCCGUCAUGUACUGCACUCGGGCGCAGGUCGCAGCCAUGGUAAACACCCCCAGAGAGAACCAUCCGGCAAUUGUGAAUGUCUCAAGCAUUGCCUCACUGCUCCGUGGGCCAAGUGCGUUUGCGUACGGUGCCUCCAAGGCUGCCUGUGCCCACUUCACAUCAUGCGUGGCUAAAGACGUCUACUCUUUUGGCAUCCGUGUCAACACUGUCUCGCCAGGCAACACUUACACGGCCAUGACAAAGGAGUUCUUUGGCCACAUGUCCAAGGAGGAGAUGGAGCAGCAACUUCAAAAGUUAGGAGUCAACACAAAUAUGUUAGAGCCUGAAGAUGUUGCUAGGGUCAUUGUCUGGCUUUUGAGUGAGGCAUCCAUGGAUGUCAAUGGUGUUAAUCUCCCUGUUGGAGAGGGGGCUCCUUGA